AACGAAACGUACCGACCUAACAAUCCUAUUAUUUACUCUACUCCUGGUAGACGACACGAACUCUCUGCAAAUAUAAUGGAAUCCAACGCGUCAACAAUUUCGGGAAACUACAAAGCCUCUGUAUUUGAACCCAUAACACCUGUUGUAAACAGUGUAGAAGGCAAACAUCCUUUGGAACAGCGACUUGCUGGUUGGGAACAAAAAGAAACACAAAAGCGACUCGGUAUGAUGCGCCGUAUUUACGGUAUUCACGAACCCGUAAGACGUGAAAUUGAAAACAAAUUUGCUUCUCAGGACUUUAGACCUUUGGCUUUAGGAGGUCCCACAUUACUGCAUCAAGAGAUUCUUGCAGGAAAAGAGGCGUCUGUCGAUGAGACCGACAUCUUCGUCACUCCUGCCCCUAUGGAAAUGACUUUGCAAAACGAAAUGUCAUUGCGUUACGGAUUUUAAUGAAACGGACUCCUGUAUUUUAGACAGUUCAUCCAAAUAGUUUUUAACCAAAAAGUUUCUAGAAAAAUUGAAGAG